UUCACUAUGGCGACAACCAUGAGCCCGUGUGCAUAUGACCGCUGGUCGUGGAACUCCCGUGAGGGGAAGAAAUAGGCAUUUAUGAGGGAGUAGAUAUGUCGACAAUUUUUUUGCUUUCACUGCUUAACUGUGUGCAAUCAGGCCGAAAUCUAUGAAUGUAUACAAUUUGCGUCCCAUUCUUCACUUCAGCAUAAUAUUUUGGGGGAAAGGGGAAAAAUAUCGGACCAAUGAAUAGACGACUACCAACAGAAAUGUCGAGCUCGAGAGAGUCGAAAUCCGAGUUCAUAGUCGGCAGUAAAUAUCGUCUGGUCCGAAAAAUUGGCAGUGGAUCCUUUGGAGAUAUUUAUUUGGCAACAAACAUUACGAACGCCGAGGAAGUAGCAGUCAAAUUAGAAUCUUCCAAAGCUCGUCACCCACAGUUGCUUUAUGAAUCAAAGCUAUAUAAAAUCCUGCAAGGUGGUGUUGGGAUACCUCACAUAAGGUGGUAUGGUCAGGAAAAGGACUACAAUAUUUUAGUGAUGGAUUUGUUGGGACCAAGUUUGGAAGAUUUAUUCAACUUUUGUUCAAGGCGUUUUACUAUGAAGACUGUAUUGAUGCUAGCUGAUCAGAUGAUUGGUAGAAUCGAAUAUGUUCACAAUAAGAAUUUCAUACAUCGCGACAUAAAGCCAGAUAACUUUCUUAUGGGAAUUGGUAAACAUUGUAAUAAAUUGUUUUUAAUUGAUUUUGGUCUUGCGAAGAAGUAUCGUGACAGCCGAACAAAGCAGCAUAUUCCAUAUAGAGAAGACAAAAACCUUACUGGUACUGCAAGAUAUGCCAGCAUUAAUGCUCAUCUUGGCAUUGAACAAUCGAGACGUGAUGAUAUGGAGUCCUUGGGUUAUGUCCUUAUGUACUUCAAUAGGACAAGUUUGCCUUGGCAAGGACUAAAGGCAGCGACAAAAAAACAAAAGUAUGAAAAAAUAUCUGAGAAAAAGAUGUCAACACCUGUGGAAGUCUUAUGCAAAGGUUUUCCAGCAGAGUUUGCUAUGUAUUUAAACUACUGUCGAGGUUUGCGUUUCGAAGAAGCACCAGACUACAUGUAUCUCAGACAAUUAUUUCGGAUUCUCUUUCGUACAUUGAACCAUCAGUAUGACUACGUGUUUGACUGGACAUUAUUAAAGCAAAAAGCUGCACAACAGGCGUCUACUUCCAGCACGGCAGCUGCCACGCCGGGAACUGGUGCCAAGAGACAUGAACGAGAAGCUAAGACAAGAGGUCGAUAAAUUUGAGACACUAUCAGCAAUUUAUACUAAGUAACGGAAUAUUUCGGUAGCACUUCUACAUUUGGAUUUAUCUAAGCUUCGUUUCUCGUUGAGGAAAUCGGACAAAGCAACUAUUGUACAUAACGAUGAACGAGUUGAGUGUCUUUGACGUCGACCGACCGUCCACAAUGCAUCGCGUUUUAUCUCUCUAUCAUUAAACACGUGCAAUGAUGCACGAGUAACAAAUUUGAGAAAUAUUUUAGGUUAAGACGCUGUUUCUUUUAUGCUGUAGCGCGCGAUUUUUCAUUCAACUUGUCAUUAUUUAUGAAAUAUUUGAAUUUCACGCACAUAUUCGUUAUAGAAGAGAACGCAGCCUUUUGCUGUCAUAUGUGUUAUUUGCAGUAUCCUGACACCAUGAUGCCACUCCCCACCCUACUCUCUCACCCGUCCCCUGGUAGUAUUUUGUUGCAUGGGAAUGUAUUUCUCAGUAUUAUACUUUUGUUGUCCAUUCAUCAACAAACUUUCGUGAAGAUGAUAGUAAAUUGUGGUGUAUAUUUUGCUAUAGUAGUCUUUGUUCAACAUUGAACAUCCAAAUAAUUUAUUUUGAAUGUUAACUUUUGUAACAGAAUAUGAGCCAUUAAAUAUUUCUCAAGAA